AUGUCGGCCGUCAACAGCCGUUUCAAGGCGUUCAGAUCCUUCUCGAGUUGCAUGCCUUAUCAGAAGCAAAAGUCGUCCCCGGAGCGGCAGUUGUCAAGUUUCCUCGCCUCUCUUUCACCCCUGAAGUCCAUACCCUCUGUUACCACCGAGGGCAUCGUUAAAUUUCUCAUUAGCAAGGACGGGACAGGCAGGACCGUUGUGCACACACGGGCGUGUGAUAGGAAAGUUUGUGAAUGUCGGCGUCGAUUGACGGCCGUUUCGGUAGACUCCCCCAUCAGGAAAUUGCGCGCUAUUUAUAAAUUUACGCCGUUGCGCUUAUUCUAA